CGAGAACCGUGAACCGUGAACCGAAGCACUUCAGAAAGAAGCACAUCUACGAGCAAUUACAAUGAGCGACGACGAAGACAAGAAGAAGAUCGAGUCCACUGAAUUUAUUUUCAUGGUAGCCAUGCCCGGUACCGGAAAGUCUUUCUCUGGAGACUACGUUGAUUUGUUUGGAGACUGGAAACACGUAGAUGGAGACACUCCACUCAAGAAUUCGACCACCAGUCCCCAUUACCAUGAACUGGCGAUUCGCGUCAUGAGGAAAGAAAAAUAUGAAGGCAAAGAUCUCGAAUGGAUGGAAAACGAGGGAAUUGUGCCCUACAUGGAAGAGUUGGCCAAACUUGGACUCGAGGCUGCCAAGGAGUCUGACAAAGUAUGCAUUUCUUGGGCCUGUUGUUUCAUAUCCAGUCGUCUCUUGCUUAAAAAAUUAUUGCUUGACGCUGGAGCAAAAGAUUUCUCUAUKGUUUUUUUGCACUGUGACGAAGAAGCACAUAUGGAUGCCCUUUGGAAUCGCACGUGUCGCCAGGCCGAACAAUUAGGCUGUACCAUUACCGAACUCUUUGCCUUGAUUGCGCCUGAGGUAACGAUUGAAGGAGAAGUAACCAAAGAAGACUUUGUGGCUUUCCAAACCUCCCAUGAAUGGUACAAGAUGUGGCAAGACCCCGACGAAUCGGAACAACCCUUCCAAAUAGUCAAUGUGACGGCAAAGGACGCUACUGUCCUGGACAGCCUCGAUGCUGCGUUUGGAAUUGAAGACAGCAACCGUUCCCAUUUGGCCUACGACGAAAUUGUAGCAAAGGUACGUGCGCUCGAUCACGAGCGAGACCUGAAGUGCUUUGAAGCACAUAAAGCGUCACUUGAAGGUUCCGAAGAGAACAAGGAAGAGUUGGAGUUUGCCAAAAAGGAACCCGAAUUGUGCCAAGCCCGCCGUUCCAGUCUUUUGCUUGCAGAUAAGAUGAAUUCGAUGCGCAAUCUUUCUUCCGAACGUGGGGAGGAACAAGAAAACUCCAGCAUCACCUCGUCACGUCGCAGUCGCCAAAGCUUCAUCCUGACGGGCAAGGUCGAUUUCACGUCCGAGGAGUUGAAAGAARUGCAUGAACAAGAGUAAACAAUUGUGAAGCUAUGAUUUCAUAAUUUUAGUAAUAUUUGUAAAAAAUCAAUUUGUCCGUU